CUUUGGUUGUUUAGUGCGGUGCUGUUCUGCUGCUACUGGGCGAAAGCUGAGUUUUCAAAUACAUAUACAACUAUAGAGAGCAAAGCAAUAUAUAUAUGUAUAUUCUAAAGCAAAUAUAAUAUAUAUACAAGUAUUUAAAUUGAUUCGUUGGCCAGUGGAAAAAGUAAAAAAUUUUAGUAGAAAAAUUAAAUUUUGUUCUCAAAGCAGUUAAAAGAGUUAACCUACGUAUAUGUAGUAGUGCAACAAACAAAAAAAAAAAAAACGUUCGCCUAUGACUGUGCCAAAAUAUAUUAGUAUAAAUGUGUAACAUUAAAAAAAAUAAGCCCCUUUUGUGAAUUUUCCAAUAUUUCAAGAGUUUAAUUAAGAAAGCAAAUUAAGGUGUGGUGAUUUAUGCAACUUCUACGUCGAUUCUCUCAUUCUGCAGUAACGUGUUUAAGGCACAAAGAAGGUUUAGUGUGAAAAGAAGUUUUAAAAUAGCGCAGCGUAGCGGAUGAAACUAAAAUGAAACAUUUCAUAAUUCAAUUAUUAUUCUGAAAAUUUGGUAGAACCUAAAAGACUUUUGCAAUUUUGCACCAAAUAAGAAAAUUUCAACACUUUAAGGGUGCAACUUUAAUAACCAAGGGGAAGAGAACAAGUGCGCUGUGCACUCCCCAUUGCGUUAAAUUCUUUCAGCUCGUGCGCUGAAAAAGUUUCGUUCAGUUUUUUGACAUUUCCUUGGCAAGUAUCAACACAAACACAAAACAUCUGCAGAAGAAAGAAGUGAAAAGUGCAAUAAAUAUUUUAAACAAACGAAUAUAAAAUUAAUAUAAUAAAACUAAAACGAAAUAGGCGAUUUCGCAAGCUGACAUUAUUUUUUGUAAUUGAGCAACCAAUUACAAAGAAGAGGAAAAAGCUAAAAUCAUUAUAACGUACCUACAAAUUGAAUAUGCCAUUAGAUAAGAAUCCAAAUUAGCCCAAAACUGAAGAUAUACCAUUCCCAUUCACCACCAAUCUGAAAAAAGUUAUCAACUGAAAUUCACAACAUUUGUGCUCCUCCCAGCACAUUGCUGUAUCGAUCCACAACAUUGUAACCAUCAUUAUUAUCACCAGCAGCAGAGUUAAUACAGCCUAGACUUCGGAGAGGACUACCUACCAAACCCUUGACUCUCCCCUAAUCAGUACGCGGCAUAGCUUCGUCGUCUCGGUCGGCGUCUCCGUCACUAUCUGCGUCAGCAGCAAACGAGCGAAAGUAUCAACAAUUCACACAACUGUAUAAUUCAACAUAUGUCUAUCCAAGUGUGCGUGUCGCUGAGAUGCUGACUCUAAUUUGAAAAUCUCGUAAGUGUGCCUGUAUGUGCGUCGGUGUGCGUAAAUGUACUGGCCAUAUCCUCCGAACCUGCUUUAACGUUCGAUUCAAUGCUCUAACGUGCGCAUUUGUCGUAUGGCUGUCGUGCUUAACUAGCGGGUGCAGAGAGCUCUGACAACGUGGGUUUCUUUCUUCUAAAGCAAGAGAAAGGGAAAAUUUAUUGCAUACUUUCGGGAGUAAAUGUGCAAAAAGUGAGUGGGUUUGCAAAACUAAGGCGGUAGAAUUGAUAGUGUGAAAAUUAAGCAACUGUUGAAGGAAACAUUUUCGAAAAGGUGAAUUAAAGACAAAAUUUCGCUUUUUUUGGCUACGAAAAUUGAAAAUGCAGUAUAAAAACGGGUAAUAAAGAAGAGAAAAUUCUUAAUGCUAAUCGCCUAAGCGUGGACUUCGAUUUUUCGUCUAAAAUAAGGCUAGUGAGAGUCACGCUACAUAAAUAGAAAAUAAACAUUACAUUCAUCAUUUAAAAACAUCUUCUACUUGGACAGGUGAAAUUUCCAUUAUAAACAAUAAAAACAAAGUUCACGUUUUCCAAUGAAGUAAAAAGGCAUUAUAAAACUUUCUUUCUUGCAAAACGAACUUCGCCCGAAGUUGUGGUUCGAGCAGCAAACUAAUAAUAAAAAUAUCGUUUUCCAAUAUAUAUACUUGCAAAGUGUUAUAAUCAACAAAGAAACGCUUAUUUCUUUAGAUAUAUCUUGCACCCAAAUUUUACGCAGUGAAAUUCGCAUGUAGCAUGCAGAAAUUAAUCGAAAGGAAAGGAGUAGGAACGGAAAGAUACGUGCAUAUUUUAUUCAAAGGCAGUCGUUAAAGUUUUCGCCUUCGUCGUAUUUUCGGGUAACUGUGGGCCAUGAUUGUGUAUCUUUAGGUGUGUGUAUGUACAUAUAUGUGCUUAACUUUUCUCGCUAUAAAAAGUCUAUAAAGCAAAGACGUCAGGUUAGCCUGAGUAAGCAAUAAAACAAAAGAAAAAAGGUGAAAAAGAAGUGUUGAAUUAAAAAUGUUUUAAAUAAAAAUGAAGUGAUUUUAGAAAUGGUUACAAAUUAAUCAAGCCUAACAAAAUUUUCCAAAUCAUAAAAAAAGCCAAAGCAAACACAAUAAAACUCAAGCCUUCAAUUGCAAAAUACCGAAAAAACUCAGCUAUCGCAGUCGAGCUGGAAAAUAGCGCAGUAGCAGCGAAGGAAUUAUAAAAAUCUUAAUAACCUAACGAAACCGAAAACAACAUAAACAUACACCCAACAAGUCAAAAAAAGAGCACUAAAGUUAAAGAGCGGGAGCAAAAGUUAAGCAAAGCAAAAGAGAAAGUUCCUCUAGCAUCCCCAAAACGUUUCGUUAAAAACUGAGCGUGGCAGCAGAAAGCAGCAUCAGUGUGGUGCGCUUCAAGUGAAUGAAUAACGGCACAUAAACACAUGUGUAUUUAUAGCUGUGCACGUAUAUAUCAAAACAAACAAUAUUUGACAGCUGAGUAGCAAAGUGACAUACAUAUAUACAUACGAAAUCGCCACACUACUAAAAAACAAAUGCGAUAAAGAGGUUAGCUUGGCAAAAAUCAAAGAAAAUCAGGGCUACAUAAAAUUAUAAACAAAACUUUCGGGAGGACAUAAAUAAGAGCGUCCAGUUUUAAGAAGAAUUCAGUUUACAUAUCGUUUUCUAAAUUGAACAAGCUUGGAAAUUAAAAUUGGAUCAGCAACUCAACUCGAUUUAAAGCGCAUCACUCGAAAGUAACUCGACUGAGUGUUUUGAACUGAAGCAACAAGGCUCAGGACUUCAGUCAAAUCCUUGGAAGCGAGAGCAAGUUCAGUAAAACAACAGAGAGAUGGGCGCUAAGGAAAGCGUGGAAGCUGCUGCGAAAAUGAAUGCGGACGGUUGGGGUCACGUGGAGCGCGGUAGUCGUUAUCACGCUCAUCGUCACAACCAACGCUCGCAGUCUUUAAAUCGCGGUCAAGCGCUUUCACAAGCAGAUGUAAGCGGAAUGUGGUGACAUCGGGGUGCCUCUGGUAAAGAAUUCCAAUGACAGCAAUAGCAAUAAGGAGCAAUGCGUGCCAGUUCAGAAACUGUUUCAAAUUAAUCAUUCGCGAAAUAUGGUUCAUUUUCGACCUCAAUCAAUCCUUUUGUUAUAACUGAGUCCAUUUCGACAAAUUUGGCGAAAAAACAUUACCCAAACCUCGGUAGAAGAUUAAAGAAAUAUGCUUACAUUGAAUCGAAAUCCAGUCAUGCAGUAUCUGAAUACAUACGACUGCUGGUGGACAGGGUGGUUGUGCGAGCUGCGCCAUGGGUAACAAGUUGAGCUGC